CCAGGCAGGCAGCCCCACUCCGCAGUCCAGCAGGCCUGCUGGGGGAAGCAGGAUGCCGGGGGCGGUCUCAGGCCAGCCCCGCCCCACCUAUCAUUUACCCAGAGACCGGUAGUCCAGGGGCUCGUCCCUGCAGUGCCAUUGGCCUGGCGGUCUGGAUCGAGGAAGAAGUGGCCGGGUUCACAGCGUUCCUUCUCACCUGACCUGGGCCGCUGCGCACGGCUGGGCCCCUGGCUCGGCCCUGCCCCCCUGUGGCCAUCUGCCUGUCGUUUCCCCAUCCUCCAGGGAGAUGCUGUCCUGUGGGUGGUUCCACCGGGACCUCAGUGGGCUGGACGCAGAGACCCUGCUCAAGGGCCGAGGCGUCCAUGGCAGCUUCCUGGCUCGGCCCAGUCGCAAGAACCAGGGAGACUUCUCUCUGUCCGUCAGGGUUGGGGACCAGGUGACCCACAUUCGGAUCCAGAACUCUGGGGAUUUCUACGACCUGUAUGGAGGGGAGAAGUUCGCCACGCUGACAGAGCUGGUGGAGUACUACACACAGCAGCAGGGCGUGCUGCAGGACCGCGACGGCACCAUCAUCCACCUCAAGUACCCGCUCAACUGCUCCGACCCCACCAGCGAGAGAUGGUACCAUGGCCACAUGUCUGGAGGGCAGGCAGAGACCCUGCUGCAGGCCAAGGGUGAGCCCUGGACGUUUCUGGUGCGUGAGAGUCUCAGCCAGCCUGGAGAUUUUGUGCUGUCGGUGCUCAACGACCAGCCCAAGAGUGGCCCUGGCUCCCCGCUCAGGGUCACCCAUAUCAAGGUCAUGUGUGAGGGUGGACGCUACACGGUGGGCGGUCCCGACACCUUUGACAGCCUCACGGACCUGGUGGAGCAUUUCAAGAAGACGGGGAUUGAGGAGGCCUCUGGCGCCUUCGUCUACCUGCGGCAGCCAUACUAUGCCACGCGGGUGAACGCCGCCGACAUUGAGAGCCGGGUCUUGGAGCUGAACAAGAAGAAGGAGUCGGAGGACUCGGCCAAGGCUGGCUUUUGGGAGGAGUUUGAGAGCCUGCAGAAGCAGGAGGUAAAGAACUUGCACCAGCGGCUGGAAGGGCAGCGGCCAGAGAACAAGAGCAAGAACCGCUACAAGAACAUUCUCCCCUUUGACCACAGCCGAGUGAUCCUACAGGGCAGGGACAGUAACAUCCCUGGGUCCGACUACAUCAAUGCCAACUACGUCAAGAACCAGCUGCUAGGCCCCGAUGAGAACACUAAGACCUACAUCGCCAGCCAGGGCUGUCUGGAGGCCACGGUCAAUGACUUCUGGCAGAUGGCCUGGCAGGAGAAUACCCGUGUCAUCGUCAUGACCACCCGCGAGGUGGAGAAAGGCCGGAACAAGUGUGUCCCCUACUGGCCCGAGUUGGGCACCCAGCGCGCCUAUGGACUCUACUCUGUGAGCAACUGCAGGGAACAUGACACAGCAGAGUACAAGCUGCGCACCUUACAGGUCUCCCCGCUGGACAACGGAAACCUGGUUCGGGAGAUCUGGCACUACCAGUACUUGAGCUGGCCUGACCACGGGGUACCCAGCGAGCCCGGGGGUGUCCUCAGUUUCCUGGACCAGAUCAACCAGCGACAGGAAAGUCUGCCUCACGCAGGCCCCAUCAUUGUGCACUGUAGCGCAGGCAUCGGCCGCACAGGGACCAUCAUUGUCAUCGACAUGCUCAUGGAGAGCAUCUCCACCAAGGGGUUGGACUGUGACAUUGACAUCCAGAAGACCAUCCAGAUGGUGCGGGCACAGCGCUCGGGCAUGGUGCAGACAGAGGCGCAGUACAAGUUCAUCUACGUGGCCAUCGCCCAGUUCAUCGAAACCACCAAGAAGAAGCUGGAAGUCAUGCAGUCCCAGAAGGGCCAGGAGUCGGAGUACGGGAACAUCACCUACCCCCCCGCCAUGAAGAAUGCCCAUGCCAAGGCCUCCCGCACGUCCUCCAAGCACAAGGAGGACGUGUAUGAGAAUGUGCACAGCAAGAACAAGAAGGAGGACAAAGUGAAGAAGCAGAGGUCAGCGGACAAGGAGAAGGGCAAGGGUUCCUUCAAGAGGAAGUGAGCUGGCUGUGUCUCAGCGCUGAUCCCUGCAGAGGCCGCCAGUGGAAUCAUCGCGGAGCCCCCAUCCUGUAAUUUAAAUAGCCGUCCCCCCCCCCCCCCC